AUGGCGUUUGGCGCAGUCGGGUUCACGGCCGUGUCAGCAGUCCCCGACGCCAGCUCCGGGCUGCCUGCCGAUGGACGCGCUUGCUUUCUUCGCCCCGAUUGCUCUACGCUCGACCUCUGGUUUCAAGCCGAGUCGCACGCUGGCCCACGCCGGCCCACGACCCUGACGCCGCGAGACGUGUUCAAGGACGCGAGCCUGGCCCAGCCGGCCCCCGUCGAGGCUGCGGCCGGGCCAACGCCAACGGGUCAAACCCGGGGCCCGUCCAGCUGCACCCAGAAGCGACACCAGCCUCCUCCCCCAUCAUCUCUCCCGCCCGCAACGGCCGGGGCCCCCAGGUCCUGCGCCUUGGUCCGUCGUCGACGGGCCCGGCGAGCCGACCGAGACGGGGGGAGCGGCCGACGUGUACGGAGCCCGACGAGAGCGCCCAAGCCCGACGGCUCCGAGCGAGAGAUGCGGAAACGAGGCAAGCCAAGGACCGCCCGCGGGCGUCGACACGGCGGCUGGGCGGGCAAUUGGGGUUGGCCUGGUGCCGUGUCGCCUCGCGCUGGGCGCUGCGACGCGGCCGGAGGCGGGCGGAAAGUGCCUGGGCCGCGCGCGCGGGCCGUCGGGGCGUGA